AAAUCACCUUCUGCUGCUCUAGAUAAAAGGGGGAACAGGAAAGAGAGGUCAGAACGGACAACGACAUGUUCACAAAGUAAUGGAAGGGAUCAGGACAGCCCACCCCACCCCUGCCUCCAUGCCGACUAACCUGUUGCUCCUUCUUCUGUUCGGGGGGCGUGUGCUGGCCAUUUGCCCGCCAUUGUGCACCUGUAGCAGAGGCCAUAGAGCUGUGGACUGCUCUGCACGAGGGUUGGCUAUACUUCCUGACAGCCUGCAGCACAACAUUCAUUUCCUCAACUUGUCACAUAACCGACUCCAAGAUCUCGAUGGACUCCUCAACCAUUUUGACCACUUAAGAACUCUGGACAUCUCAUAUAACCAUCUGCACCACCUUCCUGUUGGUCUGCCAAGAGCACUUUGGGAUAUACGUGCCUCUGGAAACUACAUCCGUCAACUGGAGAAGAACAAUACGGCCUACCACUGGAACCUUCAGAAUUUGGACUUGUCACACAACUUGCUGGAACGAGUGGUCUUAAUUAACAACACGUUGUCCAAUCUCCAAUCUCUCAACCUUAGUCAUAACAAAUUCUGGACUGUCCCGACAAACAUGCCCUACAAUUUGGAGAUGGUGGACCUCUCUCACAACUACUUGCUGCAGAUCUUGCCUGGCUCACUGGAUCGCCUUCCCAAACUGUCGAGAUUCUACCUGCAUGCUAAUCGUUUUACCUCGUUGAGCAAUGGUGUCUUCAGUCGACUGGAUGGACUGCAGCUCCUCACACUUGGAGACAACCCUUGGGCUUGUGAGGAUGAGGAGAAUAUAAACCAUCUGCUGACCUGGAUGCAACAGACCCCUGCAAAGAUCUUGGGCUGUCCCUGCUACACAAGGCCUACAUGUGGAGAAGCCCACCUGGCCACUAGGAGAACCUGGCACUCAGCCGCAUUCACAGAGGCGCCACUGGGUGCCGGCGCUCAUCAUCCUGGCCACCGAGCACCAAUGCAGGUAGUUACAUCUGGCUACCUGUCCAAGUCAGCCCAGUUGAAUGUGGGUCAAUAUCCAAGCACUGUCAAUACCUCUGGGCCAGGCAAGCAGGUACUGAUUGUGGGUGGGGGAUUUCUCACAUCAACUCCACAUAGCCUGUCCACACAGUCAAGCACAACAAUCCGAACACGUAGCACCAAGAAGGUCCUUCCAGGCAGAGCUCACAGCACAAGCCAUCAAAUCCACAUAUGCAGCUUUGAAACCACCAUUUUGGGCCUUUUAUGUACAGUUGUCAUCCUCUGUGCUUGCUGAUUCUGCAUAAUCUCUUGAACUAGACCUGCUUCCUUGAGUCUGGAAAACAAAAAAAUCCACAAAGAAUGCAAAACGAGAGACUUACCUCUUAGGUUUCCAUUUUCACAUUGUUCUGGCUACCUUCUUGAGCAUUUUUCAACAUAUGCAAUCUCUGCCUGCUUCCAAUAAACUUA